AUCGUCUCUCUCCUCAUCGCAAAAUCCUUUUUCUCUCUUUCCUCCAAAUUCCCUUGUCCCGAUCUCAGAAACGGAGAGAAAGCAACUGCACAAACGGAAAAGCAGUCCCCUGUUCGGAAGAAGACAAAAUCACCAGCGACGGUGGGAAGAGGAAGGAAAGUUGCAUUUGGAAAAUCAGAUGUCUGAUGUGAGAUGAAGAAGACGACUCACUGUUUUCCUCUCUUACUCCUCCUCAUUGCCGUCUUUUGCGGCGUUUGUUCCGGUGAGAAGUUUUCUUUCUCCGGCGAUGCCUCUCUCACUGCCCAGGAAGUGCUCUACAUCAAGCAGCGGCAGCUGCUUUACUACAGGGACGAGUUCGGUGACAGAGGAGAGAACGUCACCGUCGAUCCGAAUCUGGUGUUUGAGAACCAGAGAAUUAGAAAUGCUUACAUGGCUCUUCAAGCUUGGAAGCAAGCGAUUCUCUCCGAUCCUCAGAAUUUCACUGUUAAUUGGGUUGGAUCUAAUGUGUGUAACUACACUGGCGUUUUCUGUGCUCGCGCACUUGAUAACCCUAAGAUCCGGACUGUCGCCGGCAUUGAUCUCAACCAUGCGGAUAUCGCCGGGUACUUGCCGGAGGAGCUCGGGUUGCUGACUGAUCUUGCAUUGUUCCACAUCAACACGAAUCGGUUUUGUGGUACUGUUCCUCAUAAGUUUAAGAACUUGAAGCUGCUGUUCGAGUUGGAUCUUAGCAACAAUCGGUUCGCUGGUAAGUUUCCGGCGGUGGUUUUGCAGCUGCCGACUCUUAAGUUUUUAGAUCUCAGGUUCAACGAAUUCGAAGGAUCUGUGCCGAAAGAGCUUUUCGAUAAACCUCUUGACGCCAUUUUCAUCAAUCACAAUCGGUUCAAGUUCGAGCUGCCGGACAAUUUCGGUCAUUCGCCGGUGUCGGUAAUAGUUCUCGCCAACAAUAACUUCCACGGAUGCCUUCCUUCGAGUCUGAUUGACAUGUCUAAUCUGAAUGAGAUCAUUUUCAUGAACAAUGGGUUGAGAUCAUGCUUGCCGGCGGAGAUUGGGCGGCUUAAAAACGUUACAGUUUUCGAUGUGAGCUUCAACAAGUUAAUGGGGCCAUUGCCGGAGACAAUUGGAGGAAUGGUGAGUCUUGAGCAGCUUAAUGUGGCUCACAAUAUGCUCUCAGGCAAUAUUCCGGCAAGUAUUUGUCAGUUGCCUAAGCUGGAGAACUUUACCUUCUCGUACAACUUCUUCACCGGCGAGCCACCAACUUGCCUGAGGUUGGCGGCCUUUGAUGACAGAAGAAACUGCUUGCCUGCCAGGCCUUUGCAGAGGAGCGCGGCGCAAUGUAAGUCUUUCUUGUCUAGGCCUGUGGACUGCAACUCAUUUAGAUGUGCUCGUUUUGUUCCUACCAUACCUGCUCCCCCACCGCCGUCUCCGCCGAUCCCGGUGCCUUCGCCACCUGUUGUUGUCUCACCUCCACCGGCUCCAGUUUACACUCCUCAUUCACCACCACCGCCCUCACCACCAAUAAUAUACGAGGGACCAUUGCCACCAGUAGGUGGAGUUUCAUAUGCUUCUCCUCCGCCACCACCCUUCUAUUGAUUCUUUUGAGACUUUUGCUCCUCUGACCCUCAUCACAAACCAGGAAAACACAAAUUCUUACAAUUGCAUUACCUAUAGUGCGGCCUCUAUUUCCUCUUCCUGCACUUCAAUUCAAGCAACUCGUCAUUCUAAUCGGGCGAUUCUCGUCGCUCCUGCAAGAUCAUUCUAGCCUCUACAGUAGUAGAUAUUGGUCACCUAUGUAAUUGAUUCUAGUCAAAAUGAUACCCCAAGAAGAGGUGAAAGAUAUCGAGAUCCAGAGAGAGGUAAUAGAGGAGAAAGUCUCUCCAUAUUUAUUUGAAUUUUAUGGAUAUUUGAGUUGUCAAAUAAAAAAGACAGAGAAAGAGAAGAUUGCAGAGAAAGUUGUAUGUAUAGGGAUGAAUGCAGACCAUAAUCCUAGUUUGUGGGUUGUUAUUGUUGUUAUCUCUUCUUUCAUAUCAUACAUUUUGUUCCUCUUGCUUCCCAUUUUAUCGUAUAUAUAUCUAUGAACUACAUUUUUCUUGUAUUCA